AUGAAGAAAGCAACUGGAAGAGAUUACACUAGACCACAGUUGAAAAAUAAGUGGGAUGGAUUAAAAAAUGAAUGGAAGCUUUGGAAGCAACUCAAGGGAAAAGAAACUGGCUUAGGAUGGAAUAUAAAAAAGAAUACAAUUGAUGCAACUGAAGAUUGGUGGAAUAGUAAAUUACAGUUUCGCAUUCGGGGAAUUGAACCAGAGGUAGAGGAAAAAUUAGAUAGGAUUUUCAUGAACACUGUUGCUACAGGAGAGUAUGCUUGGACACCUUCAUCUGGAAUAAUUCCAUCUGAGUCUGAAAAACCUUUUAACAAUAUUGAAACCUUACAUGAACAACUUGAGAGUAGUGACGAUGAUCUAGAGAUGCCUAAUACUGAUAGAUUUCUUAGAGAGAAAAAUAACAAGAGAUUAGCCGAGCCACUUGAGAAACAAAAUAAAGCAAUGAAACAUGGAAAAGGAAAAAUGAAGAAGACAGGGCCUUUAAUGAUAUUUGAACAAAUUGGUCGCCUUGCUGAUGCUGUGGAGACAAGGAGUAGAAAUAUUGAAACAGCUAGAAAGGAGAAUAGUAUUACCGAAGUUAUGAAAAUUUUAAAUUCUUUGCCUGGAAUUGAGAAAGGGAGCAGCUUGUAUUUAUUUGCAACUCGCUUGUUUAUCAUGAAAGAGAAGAGAGAGAUGUUUGCUUCAUUGGAAGAACCUGAGUUGAUGCUUACUUGGCUCAAGAAUGAGCAUACUCUGGGAUAA